UCGGUGUUCUAGGGUUUUAACGGUCGUAGAUUUGUCUGUUGGAAAGAGAAAUCCAUAAAGGAUAGGAGGCGAAGCUUAGCAACAGCAGCCAGCCAUGGAGAUGUCAAGUGAUUUCGAUAGGCUGCUUUUCUUCGAGCAUGCCCGCAAAACGGCCGAGGCUACCUACGCCAAGAACCCUCUCGAUGCCGACAACUUGACCAGAUGGGGAGGAGCUUUGCUGGAAUUGUCUCAGUUUCAAAGUGUUGCAGAUUCGAAGAAAAUGAUUCAAGAUGCUAUUUCGAAGCUGGAGGAAGCGUUGUUGCUUGAUCCCAAAAAACAUGAUACUCUUUGGUGCCUGGGAAAUGCCUACACUUCUCAAGCAUUCCUAAUUCCUGACCAGGAUGAGGCUAGGGAACAUUUUGACAAGUCAGCUGACUACUUCAAACAAGCGGUUGAUGAGGAACCCAACAAUGACCUUUAUCGCAAGUCUUUAGAGGUUGCUGCUAAGGCCCCCGAAUUACACACAGAGAUCCACAAGCAUGGAGGGGCUGGACUUGCUGGACCUUCUACCUCAUCCACUUCAACAAAGACUUCGAAGAAAAAAGGCAGUGAUCUCAAAUAUGACAUAUUGGGAUGGGUAAUCCUUGCUGUUGGGAUUGUUGCAUGGGUAGGAUUUGCAAAAUCUCAUUUGCCUCCUCCUCCUCCUCCUCCAGCUCGAUAAGUGGAGAAUUCAGUGCACCUCAGGCAUUUUUGAGAGGCAAACAGUUUCGAGGCUCUUUCGCUGAUGUUUGUAGAAAAUUGAGAAUCUAAUGUCAUUCACCAACAGUUGUAUCCAUUUUUAUGUAGAUUUAGUUCUUCCUUAUCAUGAAUCAUCAAUAGCUUGCAGCUACUUCCAUAUAAAACAUUGAGUCUACCAUUUCAAUAUUGCAAUGAUGUUCAACCAAUAUUCAUCUGCACUUGUGAUAUUCCAUUGGACUUGAGACGAGUGCUUGCAGCACACUUUCCCAAUGUCACACGGCACAUAGCAUUUGUGUCUCUGGUGCUCCGCUUGGCGCCAAUGUGUUGCAUACUCUUCUGGUAAUUUUCGUCACUUUUUGACUCAAUAAUGGACCAUUCAUUUACUCUUCUUCUGUUGGUUGUUACCUGCAUUUUAUUGUUGUGUAACAAUAAAUGCUUACAGCUGAU